UCAAUUUUAAAUUUAUGUUACAUUGUAUAAAAGGGCAAUGAAGGAGACUGUGUUUGUGUUUGUGUCCCUUGGUUUGGGUAUUAACACAAACACAAACCGAUCAUGGAAUUGGAAGCAUUAGCAUGGGACACUCAGGACUACACAUUUCUUAAGAAAAUUCUUCUUGUUUUGCUUUGUGUUAUUUUGUUUUGCAAGAUUGUUAGAUACAUGUUUGGUCUUCUCAAGGAAGAGAAGGAACCAAUCACAGUAUUGGUCACUGGUGCUGCAGGGCAAAUUGGAUAUGCACUUGUUCCAAUGAUUGCAAGAGGGGCAAUGCUGGGCCCAGAUCAGCCUGUGAUUCUGCACAUGCUUGACAUUGAACCAGCAGCAGAGGCCUUGAAAGGGGUGAAGAUGGAGCUGGUUGAUGCUGCUUUUCCGCUUCUUAAAGGUGUUGUUGCUACUACUGAUGUUGUUGAAGCUUGCAAGAAUGUGAACAUUGCUGUGAUGGUGGGUGGAUUCCCCCGGAAGGAAGGAAUGGAAAGAAAAGAUGUGAUGUCUAAAAAUGUGUCAAUUUACAAGGCUCAAGCUUCAGCACUGGAGCAAAAUGCUGCUGCAGAUUGUAAGGUGCUGGUAGUUGCCAAUCCAGCAAACACCAAUGCUCUCAUUUUGAAAGAGUUUGCUCCUUCAAUCCCUGACAAAAACAUCACCUGUCUUACAAGACUUGAUCACAAUAGAGCCUUAGGCCAAAUCUCUGAGAGACUCAAUGUUCAUGUCAGUGAUGUGAAAAAUGUCAUCAUUUGGGGCAAUCACUCCUCAACCCAAUAUCCAGAUGUCAACCAUGCCACAGUCACUGCCAAUGGCGCACAGAAGCCAGUCAGAGAAUUAGUUGCUGAUGAUAACUGGCUAAACAGUGAGUUCAUCACCACUGUUCAGCAACGUGGGGCUGCCAUUAUUAAAGCCAGAAAGCUGUCUAGUGCAUUAUCUGCAGCAAGUUCUGCAUGUGAUCACAUUCGUGAUUGGGUUCUAGGAACUCCUAAGGAAUCAUGGGUAUCAAUGGGAGUGUAUUCUGAUGGAUCUUAUGGUGUUCAACCUGGCCUCAUAUACUCUUUCCCUGUUACUUGUGAGAAAGGAGAAUGGACCAUUGUUAAGGAUCUGAAGAUUGAUGAGUUCUCAAGGGAUAAGAUGGACAAAACGGCACAAGAGCUGGUUGAAGAGAAGGAAUUGGCCAAAUCAUGCCUUAAUUGAAUACAAAUGAUUUCUAUAAAUUGCUAAUCAAUAAUUGUAGCUGUUGGAAAUAAAAAAAAAAAGGAAACUUUCCUGAACCCAGAAGAACAAAUGAGAGACCACAAAUUGGGUUGAGAUUAGUUUUAUUUUUUAAAUUUUAUUGUAUGGUUUGUUUAGGAAAUUUAGUCCUUCAAACAAUUACAUUGUGUUAAUUUAUCCUUGUUUCACUUUUAAUUAUUUAAAAAUACAAAGAAAAACAAGUUCAUUGGCACCCA